UGUUUGACAUGUAAAAGUAGAAUAAGAGUUCAGAAAUUACAUAGCUCUUUCCACAUCUUCUUCAUAUUUGCUCAUGUAUAUCGAUAUAUGAACUGAGUAUAUGACCUUAGUCAAUAUCCUGUAUUGUAUUUUGAUUUUUCUUAGGAGUUGUAUGGAACACCCUAUCGAACAUUUCAGGAUUUGACUAUUUAUUUGAAAGCCUCGGAUGGCUUGUGUGACUCUUCGUGAUAAUGAAAACCUUUAUUAUAACUUCAACUAUGUUGUAUGUUCAAUGAAUGAAGAAUUAAUCAUUCCAUUAGCAUAAAAACAUAUUCUUCUUCUUCUUCUUUGGCACAACAACCGCUGUCGGUCAAGGCCUGCCUGUACCCACUAGUGAAGUGAGCUAGGCUUUCAGUGACUUAUUGUUACCAUAGCAGGAUAGUCAGUCCUACGUAUGGGAGCACGGUCUAUUCAGGGCUUGAACCCAUGACGGGCAUGUUGUUAAGUCGUUUGAGUUGACGACAGUACCACCAGACCGGCCCAAAAAUAUAUUAAAUGGAGUAAAAACGGCUCGAAACAUUCGGUUUGGUGCAGCUGUGCCAAUAAUUCCGUGCGCCACUGUAUGCCAGAAAUUGAUAACGCCGUCGCGAAGUCGUCUUUUAAAGAAGAAUUUGCAAUUAUUCUCCCUCAAUCUUUAGUGCUAUUUCUUCGCUCAUCAUGACAGCUUGGUGUACGAUUUUGCUCUUCAGUUUGUACUGCCAAAGGAAACGAUACACGGGCAGCACUGUCGGGCUUUGGCUACGAAAUGUUCGCCGCGCAGUUAGACUAUCUCCAGAACAAGCUGCUCGAGGUGGAUUCAACCGUCCAGGGGAUGAGUGAAAAGAUUGGACACAAUCUAACCACACUCCAGGAGCAGUAGGGUAGAAUGCUUGCCCAGCAGACAGCAUGUACGGCCCAGCCCACUGUGCAGACCACCUACCAGUUGUCUACUCCCGUACGAUCGUGCAAGGAAGCGUUGCCAAGGAUAUCGGGCAGGUAUCUGAUACAGCCGUUCGAAAACGAAACCGCGUUCGAUGGGUACUGCGAGCAGAGCCGCUUUGGAGGAGGUUGGUUGGUGAUGCAGCAGCGGUACGAUGGGCUGCUAAACUUUCAGCGUGGCUGGAGUGAGUACGUGAAUGGGUUCGGAAGCGUGGUGGGUGAGUUUUGGCUCGGUUUGGAGCGCGUGCAUCGUCUGACGUCGGGCCGAUCGCACGAGCUGCUGGUGGAGCUGGAAGAUUUCGCCGGCAAUUACGUGUACGCACGGUACAGACAGUUCGAGAUUGGCAGUGGGAAGGACCAGGACCCCGCUGAAGAAGCUGGAAGAUUACUCGGGAACGGCUAGCGAUUCGUUGGUGUAUCACAGGGGGAUGAAGUUUACAACGCUGGAUCAAGACAAUGAUGCCAAAGCGGAUUCAAACUGUGCAAUCGAUUAUAGUGGUGCUUGGUGGUACAAGCAUUGUCACUAUUCUAAUCUUAAUGGUGUGUACAUGAACGAAAAGGAUUCGCGAGCAAUUGUUUGGUAUUAUUACCAAAAUUCCACUUUAGGUAUGGCGUACUCAAGAAUGAUGAUUCGUGAAAUAAACAUUUAUACAACCA